CGGCUGCGCAGUACAGGAGAGGCUUUUAAUUCCAUUGUGGAGAGGACGGCGUUAUUUUUAUUAACUGGAGGCGACGGCGGCUGCGGCGGCGGCGGGACCCCCAGGCCUCCUCCGGGGUAUGAAAAUCGGCAGCGGGUUCCUGAGUGGCGGCGGUGGUACGGGCAGUAGCGGUGGUAGCGGCUCCGGCGGCAGCGGCUCCGGCGGCGGCAGCGGCGGCAGCAGCAGCAGCACCAGCAGCAGCAGCAGCACCAGCAGCAGCAGCAGCAGCAGCAACAGCAGGAGAGCAGAGAUGGAGCCCACCUUUCCCCAGGGUAUGGUUAUGUUCAACCACCGGCUUCCCCCGGUCACCAGCUUCACCCGGCCGGCGGGGUCGGCCGCCCCUCCCCCGCAGUGCGUGUUAUCCUCCUCUACCUCCGCAGCCCCGGCCGCUGAGCCCCCCCCUCCGCCAGCCCCGGACAUGACUUUCAAGAAGGAGCCGGCGGCGUCAGCCGCGGCCUUCCCUUCGCAGAGGACCUCCUGGGGAUUCUUGCAGUCUUUGGUUAGCAUCAAGCAAGAGAAACCCGCGGAUCCUGAGGAGCAGCAGUCCCACCACCACCAUCACCACCACCACUAUGGGGGGCUGUUCGCUGGAGCUGAAGAGAGAUCUCCAGGCCUAGGAGGAGGGGAAGGGGGGAGCCACGGCGUCAUCCAGGACCUCAGUAUUCUCCACCAGCAUGUCCAGCAGCAACCAGCCCAGCACCACCGCGAUGUAUUACUGAGCAGCAGUAGCAGGACUGAUGACCAUGGCAACGAGGAGCCAAAGCAGGACACUAAUGUCAAAAAGGCAAAGAGGCCAAAGCCAGAAUCUCAGGGAAUCAAAGCCAAGAGGAAGCCGAGUGCAUCUUCCAAACCUUCUUUGGUUGGAGAUGGAGAAGGUGCCAUCCUCUCCCCAAGUCAGAAACCUCAUAUCUGUGAUCACUGUAGUGCUGCUUUCCGAAGCUCCUAUCACCUGCGGAGACAUGUCCUCAUUCAUACAGGAGAAAGACCUUUUCAGUGCAGCCAGUGUAGUAUGGGUUUCAUUCAGAAAUAUCUACUGCAGAGACAUGAGAAAAUUCAUAGUAGAGAGAAGCCCUUUGGAUGCGAUCAAUGCAGCAUGAAGUUUAUUCAGAAGUACCAUAUGGAGAGACACAAGAGGACACAUAGUGGAGAAAAGCCAUAUAAGUGUGACACUUGCCAACAGUAUUUUUCAAGGACUGAUAGAUUGUUGAAGCACAGGCGCACAUGUGGUGAAGCCAUAGCGAAAGGAGCCGCUAGUGCAGAACCUGGGUCAUCAAACCAUAACAAUAUGGGUAAUCUGGCUGUGUUGUCUCAGGGAAAUACAAGUUCUUCAAGGAGAAAAUCAAAAUCAAAAAGCAUAGCUAUUGAAAAUAAGGAACAUAAAUCUGGUAAAACAAAUGAAUCACAAAUUUCAAAUAAUAUAAACAUGCAGAGUUAUUCAGUAGAAAUGCCUACUGUGUCUUCCAGUGGAGGCAUAAUUGGCACUGGUAUAGAUGAACUACAGAAAAGGGUGCCAAAAUUGAUCUUUAAGAAAGGAAGCAGAAAGAAUACAGAUAAAAGCUACCUGAAUUUUGUGUCACCGUUACCAGACAUAGUUGGACAGAAAUCCUUGUCUGGGAAACCAAGUAGCUCACUUGGUAUAGUAUCAAAUAAUAGUGUGGAGACCAUUAGUCUUCUCCAAAGUACAAGUGGCAAACAAGGUCAAAUAAGUAGUAAUUAUGAUGAUGCCAUGCAGUUUUCAAAGAAAAGAAGAUAUUUACCAACUGCCAGCAGCAACAGUGCCUUUUCUAUAAAUGUAGGACACAUGGUCUCCCAACAGUCUGUCAUUCAGUCUGCAGGUGUCAGUGUUUUGGACAGUGAGGCACCAUUGUCACUUAUUGACUCUUCAGCACUAAAUGCUGAAAUUAAGUCUUGUCAUGACAAGUCUGGAAUUCCUGAUGAGGUUUUACAAAGUCUUUUGGAUCAAUACUCCAACAAAUCAGAAAGCCAGAAAGAGGAUCCUUUCAAUAUAACAGAACCACGAGUGGAUUUACACACCUCAGGAGAACACUCAGAAUUGGUUCAAGAAGAAAAUUUGAGCCCAGGCACCCAAACACCUUCAAAUGAUAAAGCAAGCAUGUUGCAAGAAUACUCCAAAUACCUCCAACAGGCUUUUGAAAAAUCUACCAACGCAGGUUUUACUCUUGGACAUGGUUUCCAAUUUGUCAGUUUGUCUUCACCUCUCCACAACCACACUUUAUUUCCAGAAAAACAAAUAUACACUACAUCUCCUUUGGAGUGUGGUUUCGGCCAAUCUGUUACCUCAGUGUUGCCAUCUUCAUUGCCAAAGCCUCCUUUUGGGAUGUUGUUUGGAUCUCAACCAGGUCUUUAUUUAUCUGCUUUGGAUGCUACACAUCAGCAGUUGACACCUUCGCAGGAGCUGGAUGAUCUGAUAGAUUCUCAGAAGAAUUUAGAGACUUCAUCAGCCUUCCAGUCUUCAUCUCAGAAAUUGACUAGCCAGAAGGAACAACAGAAAAACUUGGAGUCCUCAACAAGUUUUCAGAUUCCAUCUCAGGAGUUAGCUAGCCAGAUAGAUCCUCAGAAAGACAUAGAGCCUAGAACAACGUACCAGAUUGAGAACUUUGCACAAGCAUUUGGUUCUCAGUUUAAGUCGGGCAGCAGGGUGCCAAUGACCUUUAUCACUAACUCUAAUGGAGAAGUGGACCAUAGAGUAAGGACUUCAGUGUCAGAUUUCUCAGGGUAUACAAAUAUGAUGUCUGAUGUAAGUGAGCCAUGUAGUACAAGAGUAAAGACACCCACCAGCCAAAGUUACAGGUAAGGUCCCAAAAGUGACCAGGCUGGGGGUCUUCUAAUGUAAUUUUGUUUUAUUUUGAGAACACUGCCAUUGGAAUGUUUCUACACGAUCCUAUUAAGAAUAAUGUAAUGCCCUUUCAAUGCAACUUUUCAUAUUUAGUUUAUUUUGUUAGCGUGAUUUUAGCUCUGUUUGUAUUAUGAUUUUUAAUCAAAAUCAAUAGAUUAAAAAUAGUUUGACAUUCAAAGUGACAAUGUUUAGCAAUCAAAUUUACAUGUAUAGAUCGUCAGGGAAUAGCCCAAAACUUUUAAAUGCAAAAAAAAAAAAAAAAAAAAAAAAAAAACCUAAAAAAAACCCCAAAAAACAAAAACAAAACAAAACUAAAAAAAACUAAAAAAAAACAAAAAUCAAAAAACAAAAACUACAAAAAAACAAAACAAAAAAAAAAACUUUGUUGCUAGGAUUAAGGUUAUUCUAAUUGCUUUACUCUCAGGAAAGUGUAAUAAC